GUCUCUCUCUCUCCCCACUAAUUUUCUGGAGAAAUUUUUUUUUCCAGAGAGAGGGAGAGGGAGAAGAACAUCUCCGAUUAUUUUGUAAUUCGGAUGAAUGUGAAUCUCUCCCACUCUCUCGAGGCUUAAAUCAUGGUUCCAAGUUUAUCUGGAGGAGAUUUUUCGUUUCUGGAGGAGUUCGACAUUGAUUUCGAAUUCGAUGCGCCUCGUUUCUACGAUUUCUCCAGACCCGAGCUUGAUUCCGAGACAGAAGAAAACGAGUUCUGGUUCGAAUCCGCGGGAAACUAUCCUCCUUCGCCUUUUAGCCCCAAGUUUACUUGGAAACUUGAGCCACUUAAGCAAAUCAUAAACACCAGCCUAGAAACUAAGCCUGUGGAUACUGGUCUUAAUAGAAAAGACAAAUACAACGGGUUCAUAUAUUAUAACCAAACGGUUAAAGAUGUCUCCAAGACAAAACCCAAAUCAAAAACCAAAUCAAGUAGAAGCUCAACUUUAACAAGACCAACGGUUUCUUUGCUUGCAAGGCAGAACAAACCAUUAGAUGUUUACUCUGUUCAGCUUCUGACAAGAUGUCAGAGGUCAUUAGCAAAGUUUGGUGCUAACUUAUCUCCAAUCUUAGUCUCUAAGUUGCAAAACCAAGACACCAAAAGGCAAAAACUGGAAGCUAAGGUGGCUCAAGUUAACUCCAACAGAAGAUCUAAACUCACUGUUCCAAAGGAACCGAAUCUCAGAACUGCUGAAAGAUCUGAAAGACACAGGUCUAAGGUUAACUCAGAAACCGAACAGAAUGUGAAACCAAGGAUUAACUCAUCUAAAAGGAACACUACAAACAAAAACAUUAAUCUUGAACCUUCUUCAGCAUCUAUACCUAAAAGUAACACUCUACGGUCUCAAGAUCUUAAGGCAUUUGGUUCAAGAACAACAUUGAGAGCAAAGGAACGCUCUUCAAGUGCUAAGGUUGAUGCCUCACAAGGGAAUGAAGCUACUAACUCCAGAACGCUUAAACCCAUCGAUUCCUCAAAAGGGAGGAGAGACAAAGGAAAUCACAGCAGAAAGAUACACUGCCAAGUGUAUGAAUCUAAUAUUUGCACUCCAAACUCAAAGAGAGCAAACAAAGAAAAACUUGGUGAAGCAACUAGCAUCAUAUAUAAAACUCAAAACUCUUGCAGGACAGAUAUUAACAGGGGUCUGGAAUUAUGCCGGAAAUUCAAUUCACAGAAAGUCACAGGGACUCUAAUCAUUGCUUAAUCUUCACCUUGAAGAUGUUCGGAUCAUGUUUAUUUAUGCACACCCGUUCCUUUUUCUAUAUAUGUGGAAACCAUUAUACAUGCAUACAUACAUAAAGAGAUUUCAUUGAUUUAUUUUUGUU